GCUCUUAGACUGCAGCAGCUAAUCUUUUAUAAUAAUAAAAAAUAAAAUAUACUCCACGUAGAGAUGAUCGGAUCUGCGUGUGCCUUUUAGAAAAACGUAAACGGUCCAUCACCUCGCGAUCCCCAAAUCCCCGAAAAUGGACAAUCGAAACAUGUGCACAGUGGAGAAGCGCGGGCGCGUCCACCUCAUCACCCUCACCGGCGCCGGCGAGCACCGCCUCGGCCCAUCCCUCAUCUCGGCCCUCCGCUCCGCCGUGGCCACCGUCCGCGCCUCCCCCGGUGCCGGCGCCCUCGUGCUGGCCGCCGAGGGCAAGUACUUCUCCAACGGCUUCGACCAAGCCUGGGCGCGCACGGUGCCGCCCCACCUCCACGCCUCCAUGAGAGGGGCCUUCCGCGCCCUCGUGGCCGACCUCCUCGCGCUGCCCAUGCCCACCGUGGCCGCCGUCACGGGCCACGCCGCCGCCGCCGGCUGCGCGCUGGCCCUCGCGCACGACUCCGUCGUCAUGCGCGCCUCCCGCGGGUUCCUGUACAUGAGCGAGGUCGACGUCGGCCUCAAGUUCGCGGACUACUUCGCGGAGCUGCUCCGGCAGAAGGUCCCCGACGGAGCGGCCAGGAGGGACAUGGUCCUCGGGGGGAACAAGAUGACGGCGGCGGAGGCGCUGCGGCUAGGCAUCGUGGACGCGGCCGCGGACGGCGGCGUCGAAGACGUGGUGGCCGCGGCCGUCGCGGCGGCCGAGGUGCUCGCGGCCAGGGGGUGGGACGGGGAGGUCGUGGCCGAGAUCAGGAAGGCGAUGUGGCCCGCCGUGUGGGGCAAGGUCAAGGACCACGGCGCCGAGGCGGCGGUAGCGCGGCCGCGGCUGUAGGCUCCGGUGUACGAGGCCACUCCUUCUGAAGAAUUGGCUCUGAAUCCACAGCAAGCCGUAGAUCUACGAACUUCAGCUGGGAGCAGAGCAAUGUUCAGGAACUGCUCGAGCAGAAUCGUCCGGCCAAGAAGAUCGCAGCCACCGGCGACAUGUGCUGCUGGUUUUCCUUGUACUCUGACCGAAGCUCUUUGAUCUUCGAUUCCGGUUUCGUUGCA